UUUGUUUGAAUGUACCAUAGUUAUUAAAACUCGAGUACAACAAUCAAAAUUGAAGCGGCGGGUGGUUUGGAUUCUCCAUGUCCACUGUUUCCAGUUUUGUCAUCUAUCACAAGGGAAAUAUGUUUCAGAUCCAUUCUUUGUCAAAGAAUCAUUCACUAAAAAGCACAUUAUUUCUAAUAUCAGUCAAAACUGACCGAAGCACUUAUUAGCUGAGGUCUGUUUCACUGAUCCAGUUACACUUAUUUGAAAGUCCUAAUCCAUGAGCGAUUUGGAAGGCAACGUCAAUAAUUGUCACUCAAAGGACCCUUCAAAUCCAGAUAUUCACAAUGGUACCCGGAGUGCUCAUACAGAUAACUGUUCAUCAAAAGAAACAGGUUCAGGUUUUAUGCUGCUUAGCGUAAAACACUUAUCAAAAGUCAAAAGGACUAAACAACGUGCAACAAGUAUAGACAGCAAUGUAUCUGAAAGGAAUGGCACAGAAACUUGUGAAACUUUGCCUUUCUCGAACUUCAGUCAAGUGGAUGGUGUUUUAAUGCCUCAGAACACUAUGUGUGAUGAAGCUAUUCAUGAUGUUUAUGGAUCCGGAUCUAUCGAAGCUGAGGAGUUUGAAGACUUUGAUGACCCAGAAGAUGAUAUUGAAAUUAACGAUGAUGGAAAUGGAAUAAGAGAUGCAAGGAUAGUAUCCCAAAACUGUUUUGACGUUCGCUCUUGUUCAGUAAUUCCAACCCCAGUUAAACCAUCAAAUGGUGGGGACAUCUGUCAGGUAAGUCUAUUUAAGUAAAUCACUUGCUAACAGUAUUUGUAUUCAACAGUUUAACUAUCAAAUAGCUAUAUUGAUUAGAGAUGCCUUUAGUUCACGUGUAAUAUUAUGUUUUUAAUGUUUCUGAGAGAUUUCUGGAAAGAAUAUUUUCGAUCUUGAAAAAAUGUGGAUAUCUUACUUUAUGUCUUAUAAAGCGAAUCUACUAUACUAGUGUCACUGAAUAACUUGCUACGAGAUGAACAACGAGUAAGUUGUUUCUUGUUAAUUGAUCUGGAAGCUAAACCUGUCACACGUGGAAAAAUGUUAACAAUAAAGUUCUGGUUUUUAGUAGUUAGUAUUUUAUUGCUUACAUGUGCUUUUGGUAUGUAUCAGGUUAAAUCAGGUUAGUUUGGUAUAAACCAGGUAAGUUAUUUCAAGUUAGAGAUAACUUACAGAUGUUAUACCCUGAAGGCCUCUUAGCACUCGGGAUAAUUUCAAGCUAAGAUUCCAAGUUAUAUGCAUGCAUUAAACGCACUAUUUCAAAUCGUCAUUUUUUCAGUUCGAGCUGAAAUAACCUCAAUUUAAAGUAUAUGAUAUUUAGGGCAUUUUUCCGUACAUCAACCAGUAGUUAAACAAGCAAUAUGGUAAUGUAAAUUAAUAAAACAGUAAAAUUCCAUGCUUCUCGUUCAAUUCAUCUGAUAGUGGAAUCUCUAUAAAUACUUCUAUUCCGACAUUAUGCGACCGAUUCUUUUGAAGUUAAGCUUCACUACACAUAGCAACUAGUUUAAGCAUAUAUAUAUAUAUAUAUACCUUUUCGUUUCAAGACAAAUGGAGUUAGGUCAUGACUCAUCAGAUCGGCUCCAAACCAGCUAUUAAUCUUAAGGACAAUAACUGUCGUCAAAAAGCUUAGACAAUAUUGUUUUUCUUUCUAGUUCCAUCCAUCUACAAACUCUCAGUCAUUUGUAAAGCCAUUGAACGGUCGUUUCAGGCCAUAUGAUUCUGCUGACAAAGUUUAUGGUAAAAAGUUCACAUCUAUGUAUCAAGAUGGCUACCAACAAAACCAUUGUUUAUCUCCCAUAACAAUUCCGACUUCUGGACAUCCUAGAAAUCCAGAAUGUCUCCAACCUUUCCAGAGUGGAUCUAUUUACCCUGCAUAUUCUCGUGACCCAUGUGACCUAGUUUCAAUAAACCCUAUCAUAUCGAAUAUAGUGUCAUCAUCAGAAUCUCCGCUCCAUGUUGAUUACUGUCCAUCUUCGAAGCAAAACCUAAACAUCGCGUAUCAUUUACGUGAUCAAGGAACAAUACCUGACCCUCACGGGUUUCGAAUAAAUUCGGACGUGUCGUACUCCAGGUCAAUAUGCAAUAUGGUCAAUAAUAAUUAUUCGGAUCCUCCAAAUACUUCAAACUGGGUAAAUUUAACAAAUGUACUGCAUCCUACAUAUCAUAUUGGUCUAUCUCCUCAUUCCAGACAUGGUAGCUAUAAUCAACCAAUAACUUGUCUGCAUCACCUACACCCAUCAACAUCAUCGGGCAACACAGAGUCGACUGUGUCUGUAAACAACCAUUUGACGUCGGACGUCGUUGCUAUGGCUGCAGCGUCACUCCCACCACUGCAACCGGCUUCAAGAUUUCGUAAGGCUCGGAUACAUGAAACCGUAGAGCAGUGGUCCUAUGGUCGGUUUUCUGUACACGAUUGUCAUUUAAAAGCUGUCCCUGACUGGGUUAGUGAGCUUCAAAAAAGGUCGUUUGUACGCGAGAAAGCUGUUACGACUUUGGCAAACAAAAGAAUCAAGUGUUUGUCAUGUUUCAUACCAAAAGGUACUGGUGAGUUUUGGUAAAAUUAUUUCUUACAUUGUUAUAUGAAUGGUUUCUAUGAUCAUCUUAGAGACAAACUUUUUACUUUCUAACUUGGAAUUUGUUGGGAUUUUAGGAUUAGGAUUCGUCUUAUUUCCGUGUUAAAUUAUGUGCCAGCUAUCAUUUGAAGUAAUAAACCUAUCAGAAAGGGAUUGUAUUUUAGAACUCACCAACAUUACUUUGUUCUCAUUUUUCUGACUAUAUAUUCCUGUUGAAGUUAAAACUGAGUGAAAAUUUCGUUCUGGACAGUGCUUUAAGAUGUGUUUUCUGAAAAUUAUUUAUUUGAAGAGGCUCGAAUAUGAUUUCCUGGCUGUGUUGGAAAUAACUCAGUUCAACCUCUGCGAUUUUCACAAAUGUAAUGCCAUGCAAAAAUUAUUCCGGAAAUUUUGCAUUGACUUCUCUGUGGUAGUUUAAGGAUUAGACAAAUAUGUUUAUUUUUGCAUUAGUAUAGGUGUAUACUGAUAUCUCUCCAUAUAUUGAGAUGUUUUUGGCAAGGAACAUGUGGUUAUUUAAUCAGUGUUACAGAAGACUAUCACUAAUUAGCUCAGGGUUCUAAGUAUAUCUUUGUGAUACAUAAAUUUGCAUUAAUUCCUGGAAAUUAAACAUACCAGCUUUCGACUAUAGUUAUAGUUUUUGACAUGGCCACAUUUCACUUUUCGUAUCAACAACUUAGAAAGUCUUUCUUAUUAUGUAAUGUUUUGGUUAGGCACAUGGUCUCGUAAAAGUCUGAAGUGAGUUGUUUUGUGAGAAAUUUGCGUCGGGUGGUGUUCGUUUGGGAUUUUUAUUUUUUAGUUGAAACACCUUUCCGAAUUCACGAUGAUCACUGGCGGUGAUCAGUCAUACGUAGCGUAGAAUAUAGCACAAUUCGCAGGUUACCACUUCAUUAACUCAUUCACCAGCUAACUGGUUAUGAGGUACACUAAAUGUGUGGGUUAAAACUGACUUGUGGAAGUCGGUUACACCCUCAGUUCAAGUUAGUUUUAGUGCUCAACAUUGCUAAGAGCUGGGGCAGGCUUGAUAUCGAUCUCACAGUCAAUAAAUUAGGAGUUGACUGCUUUUAACCGUAGUUUCAAACAGCUGUCCUAUAUUAUCUGUCAUCACUGGGUAUCUCGUAGCUUGCUUUCUUUGCCUAAUGCUACCCUUGAUUUUCGCGCUGUUAUUAACCAACGUUCCAACAAUAAGUUCAUCUAUAUGCAUAGUAUACUAUGUUACUUCAGGUUUACUGUGUAACGAGUUCCCGUUAAGCAGGAAAUAAACUGAUAAAUAUGCCGGUUACUUUAUAUGGUUGAUAGUAAAGAUUGUAGUAGUUGGUCAUGACACUGCUUUCCAACCAUUCGAUUCACAGAUUGAAGCCUAUUUUUUAUUAUUCGGUUUUGUUAAAUCAUAUUUGUUGAUAUAAUAAUCAAAUUGUGUCAUAAUUUACUAUUUACGGACCUUUGUAGGAGUUUAGAUUAGUGGUAUACUGAGAAUUCUAUUGUACUGUGGUAUUAACGGAAACGAUUAUUCAUAUUCUACUACAUUUAAAGUUUUCGGUAGCCUUAACAGUUUCAAGGUGGGAUUCUGUUUUCUUUAAAACAGUAGUAUUUUCAUAUAAGAGAAUAAAUAACUUCAGAUUCUGCUUAUUUGUUACUAGUCGCUUUCUCGUAGUAAAUUUCGGGAAGUAUUGUCUUGAUAAAAUACUGUUACAUCUACGUUUUAUAACUUCUGAAAACUGUUAAUUACUAUAAGUGUGGAUCUGACUAUUUACCUGCUAUUGUAUAGUGGAUCAAAGAUUACUGUUGUCUGACACAAGGAAGAAAGUAAGAUUUUAGUUGAUUUGUUUAUGUACCCACCUCAAAUCCACAACUAAUCCAACAACCUUUCACCAUCGAUUCAAAACUAUCAUAAUUACACUGUAUUUCAUAUCUGGCCAUUAGUCAAAUUAGAAUAUAUUGAACUAGACAGUAGUUGAUAUAAAUUAGUCAGUAAAUAAAUGAAUUUAUACGAUUUACAUCAAUAUGUCUAACUGGAUUAGCUAGCAAUGUAAAGAUUACUGAGUUGCAUAUGUAAUUCUUCCUGACACAAGGAGACUGUGUUUCUGAAGCGGGUUGAAUUUCUUUUACACUAAUAGUCAGUUGACAUUUUUAUUUUUGUUUACAGAAGAUAAAGAAUUAUCUGUGUUCCCACGAGCCACACAUGACUCUGCACAUGUCGGUGCUUCUGUCGACCCACAUUCCAGACACGCUCAUGAGAAAGUAGAUGCCCUGGAGAAUGAAUUAGAGGCUCAAUCAAUGGUUUUGAGUAAUGGGUUUGCAGGAACUAAUCUUUUCUCUUUUUGGAAUAAUGGUCUUCGUGUUCAUAGUCAAGUUCCUUUCACGGCUAUUCACAUACGCAGUUCUGAACCAGUUUAUGAUUCUUGUGGGAAUUGCGAUAACGCUUCGCAAGAUGUCAUUGAAUUGGAAUGUAAGGACCAGUCAACCUGUGCAAUCAAUGGCCAUUACGAACAUUCCGACUCUGUUGACUCUUUAUCGCAAAGAGAAAAUAGAAUUCAGGGUGACAAAAUCGAAUUUCCAGAUAGUUCUGCAACUCCUCUAUAUGCUUCAGACCCUGCUACUGCGUAUUUGCGUCGACAAAACAUGGGUAUAUCAAAUUACGUAAAUAAGCUGUCAAUUGUUACGGAGUUGGAACAACAUUAUGAUGACUCAGCAACCGCACCUCUAAAAACUUCAGAUAUGGCUACUGUCACCAAAUCAGAUUCCACCUAUACGGAUUCCAAAAAGGUUUCCAACCGUACCUCUGAAUGUGGCAAUUCGCAUAUGGAUGAAAUUUGUUGCUGUAAAACUUCGGAAGCUAUUUCAAAUAAUGCUCCCCCAGUUAGUCCAAAUUCUAGUUUCGUUCCCAACAGGCCUCAUCAAAUUCCACUUGAAUUACAAAUUUCAGCGGAAAUUUCGAAAUCUAGACUCCGAUUGUUGGACUUACUACCCGAUGAUGAUAACAACCUGGGACGCGAAUGUACUAACAUAUUAUCUAUAGAUCCAAAUGUACAACGUCUGAUAAAUACGGAAGGUGCAAAACUGAUCAACAAAUGCGAAUCUGAAUAUAGUUUUUCAAAAUCUAACAAUUCGGGUGGUUUUUCUAUGAAAUCAUUAAAAAAUAGUGGAUCUUACUCGCAAUCUUGUCGCCGUUCAAAAAGCUUUGAUGACAGCUCGUGUAUCAGUCGUUUGAAUAGAAUUAAAAAUAAUAGGUUGUACAAUUCUGACAUCGUCAAAAGGUUAGUGCCUUUUCAUUUUAUAUACAUGGUAAUCUUUAUAUUUGCUGAAGUUUUUCCUUAUUUUUUGACCCAAAAACUAACUGAAUGUUAGGAGUCAUACUUCAAAGAACACUGGUUUAGUAUCUUUAGUUUACCUUGGUUUGGUGGUAGGGAUUGUCUAUCGUGAUAUCUCAGUAGAGUUAUAGUGAAUGGAAGACAUCGUUUCAGGUCCUGCCAUGCCAACAAGGUCAAUUGGAUACUGUUAAAACUUAAAGCCGCUAAUCAAGGUCCGAAGGCAGAGCCAUGCAACUGACUGUACCGGAUUGUGGCGACAAUAAAGUGUUUCCCUUCUGCCUUCUCAAGACGGAAGGAAGGGUUUAGAAAAGGUCAACUUUAAACAUGUCAUACGCCACUUUACCCCACAGAUUUCAGUCUCCAGUUGCAUCAAGAUACAUCAAAAGUUUUCAUAGAAAAACCAUGCGUGAUCAGCCUCAAGGGGCUGUUCUUUGAGCCCUGCGGUCUCACGCUGAGGUGUAUACAGCCACUACCAACUCAUUUUCCUUUUGAGGUCCCCAAGGAAAAGUUACGACUGUUCUCAUCAUCUAAUCGCACUCGAAAUCCUCUUGUCCACUAUCAAAUCUCUCCGUUACUUCUCAACCUUCCUAAUGGUCUUUUCUACCUUUACUGACGCUGUUACUACCUGUACUACUCUAGGAUUUGUUUUGAUGACUUUAUACCGUUGUAGUAAUGUGACAUAGCAACUUGGACCGUUUCAUUUGUGUGCUAAUUUCUACUUUCUGUGUGACACUGAAUAUUUUUAUUUCUACUGUCGGCCCUUUCAAUACGACGGUCACCAAGCACUACCAAUGCUAAAGAUUCGAGUUCACAAAAUUUUAUCCCCGGUUUCUUGAAACUGCACCCUAAACUACAUGUUGAAAAUUUCAAUUUUCAAACAUUGGAGUCAGACAACAGGCUCCUCUAACUAGGACUAGAAUCCUUAGGUUUCGAUGUAUGCUGUGCCUACAAAACAAUCAUAUAGAAUCCAAGCGUGAUCAUUUGACUCCACUUAGUCGAUAUCGAAAACCGCCACGAUAUACCUCCCAUAUAUCUAGGGUUUUGGCUGCUACUUCUCGUGACCUCUCUGGUUUUGAUAUAACACUGAGCUUGGAUGCAGCAGGACAGGUUCUCUUGUGCAUCAUCUGACUUGACAGGGGGGAUGAAAACGCGGGAAGAUAUGAACAAAUGCUAUCGUCUUUUCUUCGUCUCUACCUACCCUCCCACUGACUGUCGCUCGGGCUACAUAGAGGACGUUCUUUGGAAAGCUUUCCGCUCUCCUACAAAACGUCAAACUCUCAAACGUCAUAACUAGCAGACUCAAGUAGGCAGUUUAAAUCAGAUACAUGGGUGCGUCUUACAUUAUCUCAGCUCAGUGAACAGACACCGGUACCGUCUAGUCCCUCAAAUGCCCCGGUACGACCGAGAGUGGGUAGAGUCCGCUCUCCCUCUCGAAAUACUCUCACAUGACCACGCGUAUAUAGCCUCUGCCAGGGAAGUCCUACUCGCUACCUUCUCGUGGGGGGUGUUGUUUACGAAAUUCAGGGGACGAAAAGCGAGUGUCCGACGCUUUAACCGGGUUGGUGGGUACGGAGAGUUCUCCUAGGGAAGUUGGAAAAUCCUGGUUCCAAACUAAUGGUGCACAUAGGCUCUAGUAUCCUGAAGGAACAAAUGGUGUAUGAACCAAUCGUUGGGCACCGGCUACUAUGUGACUGCAUCUCCUUACGAUGCUACACUGCAUUGUGGAUCAGACCUUUAGGUCGAAGGCUCCAGGUGUGGCAUCGUAUGAAAACCACCUUCGGUUUGGGCACACGGGCAAAUAUCACAGCCCUCACACAAAUCAAAUGAGAUAUGUGUGGCGCAUAUGUAUCUGAUGCCUCCUUAUACCAUUAUCUAUGUGUUCAAAUAAAUAAACAAAUAUGAUUGAGUAUUUUCAUUUCAUAAUUAUUAGAGACUAUUUAAAAUUAGUACUUUAAAAUGAUGUGAUAGGAUAGAAGAUGUAUUUUCUCUAAAUCAUUUGUAAUCUAUAUAGAUAAAGCUUAUUGUACGAUCAACAAUAAAUGCCAGAGAUUAGAAUUAUUUUUAAGGCUGAAAAAAAGAACAUUGUACAUAUAUGUAUUCUCUAUAUCACCUUUUAUAAAUUGAAAUAUAUACGAAUUAAUAAACGUGCCAAUAUCAUUAUUUUAUACUUAGAGAUAGUUGUUAACUUUUAUUCUUCUAUUUAUUCUUUCAUUUGUAUUCCUUGAUUUUAUCAUGUGUAAAUAAAAUCGUCUAGUGCGAUUUUACGUGGACAACUGGUCAUUCUUAAAAGGAUCAAAUUUAAGCACAAGGAAAGGCACUAUCUAACAUGGUGAUCCCACAAAUCUGCCCUAAAAUAUGUGUAAAUGGAUUAUAUCACCAUCAGCUAUCGCUAGAGACUCAAAAGACGCUCAUUAUGGAGCACAUAUUCAGACUGAUUGUGUUCGAGUGAAAGCACUCAUCUGUUUGUCUUAAUGGAGGUAGAGAGGUCACAUCAAUAAGACUUUGAGACUCAGCUUAUUGAUGAGGAAGUCUGGAACAACCAGAAAAAAAUUAGUCAGUCAUGAAAGUGGAAUGCAGCAUUAUGUAGGUUGACUAGUUAUCCAAACAGUUGUGAAAUUGCAUUGAUGUUUACCAGUUACUUAAACCAAAACAGGGAAAAUCAAUGUAUUUCGGUUACGACUACUGAAGGGAGGGAUGCUCUGUAAUCUAUUCCAUAAGGCUUGGAAUAGGAUGAGGAGCAAAAGCAACCUAAACAUAAACUGAUGAAAGGUCUACGCGAUGGUCGUUAGUUACGAUGGGUAGCGAACCCAGACGAAAUGGAAAAGGUAACGGCUGUGAGGAACAAUAGACAAAUUUUCAGAUUUACCUAAAGCUCGGUAUUGAAAAUUUGGGUGUUAGUAAGAGGGGAAAUAAUCCAAUUUCAGCACAGAACAUUGGAACUAUGGGUGCAACACUUUUGAGACGAGUCUAACUCAUCUCCCACGACUCUCCAGUUACCUACUGUUACCAAACGGUCUGGAUGGGAUAUCAACAUUGGCCUUCCAACUCUUUGUGAAAUUGAAAAAUCCAUACUUACUCGAGGGCGAGAAUGAGGAACACCAAGAUGGAAACAUUCCAGUUCUGAAAGUUAGAUUUACUAAGAUAUCGACUAGAAUACGGGAACUGAAUUUAAUCCCGCCUAACUAGACUCGAUCACCUAUCGUUCUAUUUUAUAAGACAAAAAUCUUUAUGCGGUCACUACGAAGGAAUCAGUCUAAUAUUGUGUCUAAAAUCAGCUCUUUAAGAGCAAACCAUGAACACCGGACCAUUUUCACUCUUGAACCUGUAUAUUUCAACCAAAUGUUCCCCCUCUACCAGGUUCUGAAACACAGACAUUUCUACCGACUCCCAACCAUAGUUAUAUUUCUUGACAGACAGCACCUAACUUCCUUGGCUGAGGUUCUGAGGCAAUCUGUCAUUGAAAGGCGUAUCAAUGAAGUCAUUAGCAGUGUACAGGUUUUCUACACUACUGGCCGAGUUAGAGCUUAUGGCGAAUUGUCAUCGGAAGUGGUCACUUCGAAUGGUUUUCGUCAAGGUUGUCCGCUUUCCCCACUUUUAUUUAACUUUGUCAUAGACAUGCUUCUAGAGAUAACACUUUCAUCGUCUGACGUUUCAGGGAUUGAUCUACCAGGAGAUUCACUUGUUGACUUAGAAUAUACACAUAAUAUAGUUUUAUUUGGUGAAAAAGCUGACGAGAUUCAAUCUUUUGACCACCCUAAGCAGCAGUGCAAGGAUGUUUGAGGUGGGGUUUUCUCUGUCCACAUGCUAAAUGUUAGUUCCGGAUAAGCCUGAGUCAGCGCCUGAAUUGAUGAUACGGAAGGAAGUAGUUGGACCCACCAACCUUGGGAGUCUCAUCAGUACUGACUUUCCCGUACCUGACGAGAUUUCGGCACGAAUUCAGAAGGCUCAAUCGACUUUUGCCAACUUGUUUGAGUUGCGGCGUAGGCGAGAUAUCUGUCCGCCAACCAAAGAACGAGUUUACCACACAUAAGUUUUAUCCGUUCUACUUUGUGGGUGUGAAACAUGGCCAUUAAGAAUAGAGGUUGUUCGUAGAUUACUGGUAUUCGAUCACAGGUAACUUCGAAGUAUUGCUCGUUUAUUUUGGGACCAUAGUGUAAGCAAUUCUUGGGUUAGGCAUUGGUUACCAUGUCAGGAUGGCAAAUAGAUUGAUGAUGUAAUAAAUCUUCAGCUGAGUUGGCUGGAACAUGUGUUUUGCGUAUGUUCAGCCGCCACUUGCCUCCGCGGGGGAUGUCUGGUGUAGGAGAAAGUUAGGGGCGGCCAAGCUAAAACUUGGCAUCAGUCCUUGAAGUCACUAACUUCUAGUCUUGGCCAUGUUGGUAGAUGCAAACUACUUGGUUGGGGUCCGCGUGACUAUCGUAACGAAUGGUUUGAGACUCUGGGUGACAUGACUCAGAAUCGAUCACAAUGGUCCAGGUGUGCACACUUGUUGUCUUCCCUUAAAC